UGAAUGCAGCAAUUGUUUUCUUAUAGCGACAUGAUUCAUGGAUUUAAACCCAUCCCAAACUAAACCACGCGGAUUAACAAGAAUUCUAUUCGCUUACAGCACGAGCCUAUCGGCGAGCCAGAUUGGGGUCUAUGUACCGUGCUCUUCGGGCCGAGAUCAUGCAAUCUGAAGGGCUUGCGUAUCUUAAAGGCCUUGCGUCUCUUGAAAAUAUGAUGAUAAUGAUCAACGCUAUUGUACAAGCAGAACGACGAAACCAAGGAUACUGCGCAAAUAUGACUCUUCCAAACGCCUAUGGAAUCGGCUCGUGCUUCAACGACGUUGGUAGGGACCUAUGCAACGUGUCAGCGGCGGACGUGUCGUCGCUGGUGAUGUGUGCCAUUGACAAAAUAGCGGCUUUCGGCUUCAAUGGGUACCUGUUUACAAACUUCUACCCAAUAAUCGACGAGAUAUUUGAACGGACCUUUCAGAACUUGACUGCGCUGGACUACCUCGCUUCUUACUGUCUGAAUGACUCCCACGCCGACGAGGAGUUUUGUCAAGUCGACCCGAGUAUCCAAGAGACUACCUGCGGCACGCCCAUUGAGUUCCAAGUACCUGCACCUCAACCUGACGAAAGCAUGUGCGAGCCGAAUGAAGCCUGCCAAGGCGUGCCACCCACAGACCCGACCUUCGGCCGACUUAUCUCGGACGAAUUUGUGUGCCUGGUCAAUUUUCAGCCGAUCAUGAAAAAUGUAAUGGUGUACAAUGACGUGGCCUGCCACCUCACCCAACUGCUGAACCAGACGGAUUUGACGAAAUACCCGGUGGAGGACCAGUUGGAAACUGUCAAGUCCCAACUGACGGCUGUAUCCAUCUGUGAGUCACAUACAGGACACCUUCCCUUUAGCAGCUCAAAGUACAGGGUGUUUACGAGAAAACGAUACCAUGCUUUUCUUACCGCAAAGCACUCCGUGAAGAAGACCACCGCAACACUCAAAUAUCGGGUAAACUACGUCUUUCUCAGGACGUGUACCGUACAAGGAGUGGCAACAGGACGCACCAAAACUACUUAA